AUGACUUUUAAUUGUGAUAAUAAGUACAUCAAAAAUUGGUUCAAAUGGAUUUACCUUAAUUGUGAUUAUGUUUCUGGUCAAUAUUGGAUUGAAUCUAAAUUUUUAAUGCCAACAAUUAACAACAAAAUUACUAACAAUCACCAGCAAUUAAUUUUCCUCCUUCUAAUUUUAUCAACUAACUUAAUAUUAACAAGUACAAGUUCAAUUGAACGAAAUGAUUUACUAAUCAAUCCAUCUACAUUGAUACCACCAAUUACAACAACAAUUAAAACUGGUAAAAAUUUAAUCAAUGAAUUAAUUAGUAAUCAACAUGAUUUUAAUCACACUGGACGUUUGAAAAGGUCAUUAAAUAAAAUCUAUACCAUUGAGACUGCGAUUUUCGUUGAUUCAAGUUUAGCCCAAAGGUAUGAGGGUAAUUUGGGUGAUCUUCAGCGUUUAAUCAUGUCAAUCAUGAAUGAAGUUCAGUUAAUUUAUGAAUAUUCAUCAAUGGAAACUCAAAUUCAAAUUGUAAUUACCAAAUUAGAGAUAUUAAGUAAUCAAGGUCCUGACGAUGCCUCAGGUGAUAUUGACCAAUAUUUGGAUAACUUUUGUCUCUGGCAAGCAAAACUUCAUCGAGCAGAAAAUUGGUCUCAAAGGUGGGACCAUGCACUCAUGUUAACAGGACUUGAUCUUUACAAAGCAACCGGAGGAGGCAAGAAAAACAAGAAAGUCUUAGGCUUGGCUUGGGUUAAUGGGAUGUGCAAGCCAACUUAUAGUUGUACCUUGAAUGAAGGUAAAAGUUUCGAGGCUUCAUUUGUUAUCGCUCAUGAAAUGGGCCACAGCCUUGGAAUCCUUCAUGAUGGUCGAGGUAACAAUUGUGAUCCAGAUAAAUUCAUAAUGUCUGAGAAAACUGGUCCUGGUAAAGUAAACUGGUCACCCUGUAGUAAUGUUUAUGUAACCAACUUUUUAUCUCGUGGACAUGGUCGUUGCUUGGAAAACGUUGCCAUGCCAACAGCGGAACUUGAUUUUCGUCGAGCAGGUAGACUUCCGGGUGAACAGUUUCCUCCCAAUAUACAAUGUCAAUUAGCACUUGGAGCUCAGUAUAAGGCUUAUAUUUCAUCUAAAGAGCCUUUUAGUAACAUUUGUCGGGAACUCUGGUGUCUAUCUGGAAGCUGGGCAACACCGGCUCACCCGGCACUCGAAGGAUCCCAAUGUGGCCCUAUUGAUAAACGAUGCUAUCAAGGUUCCUGUUCAUCGAUUAAAACUCAUCGGCCUACACCAAAUGUUCAAAUGGGAGAUUCGACGAUGAAUCGAUUUACAACUUCUCUAAGUCAAUUUGGUUCACUUUCGAGUGGACAAAUGAUUCCAAAUGUUGGAUCGCGACCUUCAACACUAACAGCUCUUCGUCGGUGGAACCGAAAUAGGACCGGUUUCAGGCCACUUAGAGUCAAAUCGAAUCUUUUACCAAACUCUUAUGCCAAUCUCGCCAAUUUACCAAAUCGUCAACAAUUACCUUCAGUAACCUACACCAAUCGACAGCAAUUCAUCCGAUCUUCAAGUGACACUCAACGAACGAUAAUCAACAAAUCGUCUUCCCAGUUGUUGAUCGCGCAAUCGAAAAGCAAAAGUGUCCAAACUAACGAUACUAAGAAAAUAAUUCCACCUCGAAUAGAUAAUAAUUCAAAAAAAUUGAACAAUUCAAAGUUAUUACAAUUAAUUGAUACAAAAUUGAAACAAUCAUCAUCCAUUCAAUCAGAUCAGAACAAUUUAUGGAUGGAAACGAUUCGAUCACAAUUAAAAUCAAUCACCGAUGGAGCUAAAAGUUUUUUCUCCUCCCUAUUCAAUGGUUAAUUUCAACCAUCAAGAACUAAUUGUAAAUAACUGAAUAAACUUAUCACAAUUAGAAUCAAUAAUAAUAACAAUUAAAUCUGAAACAAUUGACCAAUGAUCGUUCAUAAUGAUUGAUGAACAAUCAGCUGAUCAAUGAAUUUAACCGGGCAACUUUUAUUGCUUUUAAAUUGCUGAAUUAACCAGAACAAUUAAACCUUGAUUGUGAUUAACACCAAGAAAAAAACAAUUAUAUUCAAAACCAUGGAAAUGAUAA